AUUAACAUUUCUAAGGCUACGAGCAUCAUCAUACAAGCCCUAGUUACAUUCUACGUAUUCACUAAAUUGAUUUGCUUAUAGGGUACUAAAUAUGGCAGUUAAGUUUGCACUUCUAGUCACAGUCUUUGUAGCCUUAUUGGUUAUUUCAAACGGAAGAUCUCUUACGUUUUCGACGAAACCACUUGAUCGUUAUAGUUUUCCUCCUGGUUUUAUUUUUGGUGUUGCUUCUUCAGCUUAUCAGUAUGAAGGUGCAAUCCAAGAAGGAGGGAGGACGCAGAGCAUUUGGGACAACUUCACACAUGCAUAUCCAGAAAGGACAAAUAUGGACAAUGGAGACAUAGCCGUCGAUUUCUACCAUCGUUAUAAGGAUGACAUUAAACUGAUCAAGGAAAUGAAUAUGGAUACUUUCAGAUUCUCGAUCUCCUGGUCAAGAAUAUUACCAAUGAAGGAAUUAAAUUCUACAAAAAUCUUAUUGAUGAACUUAUCGAGAACGGUCAGAAUCAUAUAUAUAUAUAUAUAUAUAUGCUUAAACGAGUGUAUGUAUUACCUCUUAAACUCUGUAGUAUUUCUGAUGACAUCAUAUCUAAACAUUUACACAGGCAUAAAACCAUUUGUAACUAUCUACCAUUGGGAUAUCCCUCAAGUAUUAGACGAUGAGUAUGGUGGCUUCUUAAGCCCUCGGAUCAUUGAUGAUUUCCGGAACUACGCUAGAUUGUGCUUCGAAGAAUUUGGUGACAAGGUCAAUAUGUGGACAACCUUCAACGAACCAUAUGUUUAUAGUGUUGCGGGUUACGACAGUGGAAAGAAAGCAAUGGGACGAUGCUCGAAAUGGGUAAACAGCUUAUGUGUGGCAGGUGAUUCCGGUACAGAACCCUACUUAGUCUCUCAUCAUCUUCUUCUAGCUCAUGCUGCAGCUGUUGAAGAGUUUAGAAAUUGUGACAAGAUCUCACAAGAUGGUAAGAUAGGUAUAGUGCUAUCACCUAUGUGGGUCGAACCUUAUGAUGUCGCUUCCGAUGCUGAUAAAGAAGCAGUUGAACGAGCUCUUGCCUUCUAUGUUGGUUGGCAUCUCGAUCCUCUAGUCUUUGGAGACUAUCCGGAAACAAUGAAGAUAAACGCUGGAAAUAGAUUGCCUUCUUUUACCAAAAAACAAUCAAAAUUAAUCAAAAACUCAUUUGACUUUAUUGGAGUAAACUACUACACUGCUCGAUUCGUUGCUCACCAGCUUCAUCACGACCCUACACGACUUCGUUUCACGACGGAUCAACACCUCGAAUACAAAGUGACAAAUUGUAGCGGUGAUUACAUCUCUUCAGAAUCGGAUGCAACAAAAACUCUCUACUCAUAUCCUGAAGGCAUACGAAAGACUCUAUAUUAUAUUAAAAAUAAAUAUAACAACCCAACGAUUUACAUAGCAGAAAAUGGACUUGAUGACUAUGACGUUGAGACAAUCCCACUUGAGCAAAUUUUAAAGGACACAAAGAGAAUAGACUACCAUGAAAAACAUCUUCAAGAACUCCACAAAGCAAUUACAGUGGAUGGGUGUGACGUGAGGGGAUAUUUCGCAUGGUCGUUGUUAGAUAAUUUUGAAUGGGAACAUGGCUACAAGAUGAGGUUUGGUCUGUACUACGUUGAUUUUGCCGAUGAUCUAAAACGAUAUGCUAAAGAUUCAGCGAAAUGGUUCAAAAAGUUCCUCCAGAGAUCGGAGCAACUGACACCAUUGGAUCUGUUUAAGAGUAUAAAGAAAUGGUUGUCUACGUUGCAGAUGAACUGAGUUCUUUGGAAAAUCAUAACAUGCAUCUGAAUAUUUUUGUUCUAUUGUAGAUAUCAAAAUAUGUAUACAUAAUCAUUCAUACCAUAAUGUUUUGGUUACAAGAUUAACUUGUGAUUUGUGUAGAUCUUCAC